AUGCUUGCUACACCGCUCAUGCCGACGUCUGGCUUUUCUGAAGACGCGACGCAGUACCGCCCCGCGAAGGACCUGGAGGCGUUCAAGAGCCUGCUCCCGCCUCCCAUUGAGUUUGUUGAGGGAUCAUCUACGGGGGCGUUUGCAGCGGACGAGAGCAAGUACCAGCCUAUCAACGCGACGCCCAAGCCGGCGAAGGUCGAUGUAGGUGCAGAUCCUACGAGUAAGGAUCCCCAGCCAACUGUCUGCCAACAGACGCCCGAGACUAGGAAAGCUCCCAGUUCGCCCACAAAGUCGCCCAAAACUCUGCAAUCACAAACUCAGGCCGCUCCGAUCAAGGAGCUAUAUACGGGGACACUCAGCACUGCGUGGCCGAGUGGCUCAACCGUCGGAUCUGGCCUGCACAACACGGGCAACACUUGCUUCCUCAACAGCGCGCUGCAAUGCCUGCUACACACAACACCCCUCCUGAACGUCUUGUUAUCUCAUUCGGACACCGAUCGUUGUCGGGUGCCAAAAGGCACAUUCUGUAUGGCCUGUGGCCUCCGGCACGUCAUGCUGGAAGCCCAUCAGAACCACCAUGCAUUUGCUCCGUAUCCUAUUACGAUAAAAUUGCAAGUGAUCGCGAAGCACAUGCGGCGAGGCCGCCAGGAGGACGCGCACGAGUUUCUCCGCUACGCGAUUGACGCGCUGCAGAAGUCAUGUCUCGCAGGGCUCCCAACGAAAAUCGAUCACAAGCUAGCCGAGACAACGUGGGUGCACAAGAUCUUUGGUGGGCGGUUGCGGUCGAGAGUGACUUGCCUUGAGUGUGGGCACAACAGCGACACAUAUGACAGUGUUCUUGACCUGAGCGUUGAUAUUUAUGGUGUCAGUGGGGUGAAGGAGGCGCUGCGGAAGUUCACUGCUGUCGAUCACCUAAGAGGUGCCGACAAGUACAAAUGCGAGAAGUGCAAGAAGGCGGUCGCUGCGGACAAACAGUUUACGGUACAUGAAGCGCCACUGGUGCUCACGAUCCAUCUCAAGCGGUUCUCACCCAUGGGCCGCAAGAUCGCGCAUCAGAUCAACUACGACGAGCGGCUAUCAUUACAGCCCGUCAUGAGCGAGGGCGAGUACGGGCCAACAUACAAGCUGUACGGUGUCAUCUCGCACGCGGGUGGGGGUCCCAACUCGGGACACUACUAUGCGCACGUGAAGGGUGGCGACGGCCAGUGGUACGAGAUGAAUGACGAGUCGGUCAUGCGUCACUAUGGGGCACCAACGAGCAUGCGCAGCGCAUACAUCCUAUUCUACAUCCGCGAGAAGGGACAGGCGCUGGAAGCUGCUCUCAAUGCAGGGACGCGUGCUUCGUUGGCAUCGUCGUCGAAGCCCGGAGUGGUGGCUAACAUGAAGAAGCGGAAGGUCGUCGAGAGCGAUGAUGAAGACGACGGUGGCCGGCCGAAGCCCGAUGCGCCCUUCAUCGGCCCACGUUUGCCUUCACCAACUCCCGCACCUCAGACCCCAGUCGCAAGCGCGGAAGUCAAGUCCGCUGCUAACGACCCGCAAGCAGUGAUGCUGAAGAAGAAGAUCGCCGCCGCUGUCUCGCUAAGUCCGGGUAGUGCGCUUCAAAGUCUGGCUCAGUACGAUGACAGCGACGACGAUGACAUUGGAGAGAAAGUUGAAAUCGACGAAGUUAUCAGUGCAGCAGCUAAGCCUCCUUCAUCUCCAGCACCGCCGUCACCGUUGCCGUCGCCCCCAUCGCCAUUGCCACCAGCGAAGGAAGCUACUCCUUCGAAGAGCAUAUCUGCGCUAUCUGCUCCUAUCUCGGCGAGCAGCUUCUACGGGACCCCGAGCACGAACGACAAGAAGCGCAAGUUAUUCGACAGCGAGCGUGAUGACGAGGACACCCUCAGCCAGUGGGCUCGCACGCCCAUCUCCCCGAACGGCUCCAGACCGUCCAACUCUGCGCGGGGCCGCAGGUUUUCUGGCCCGGGCUCGAGGUUCGCGGAUGGGAUUAGCAGAGGGAUCAACCCGUACAGCAAGAUGAGGGGGGGCAACAACUUGCAGGAGUGUCGGGAGGUGAACUCUUAUGUACGUAAAAGAUACGGUAAGUCUUCUAGGAGGAUGGCCUUGUAA